AUGGUAACGAAGGCCGUGCACAUCGAGCUUGCCGUAGACUUGUCCACGCAUUCGUUCCUCAACUCUCUUAGAAGGUUCAUUGCCCGCCGCGGCAAAUGUCAGUCAAUUUACUCCGACAAUGGGACGAACUUUAUAGGCGCGCGAAAUGAGUUGAGGGAAUUAGGCAUCUUGCUAUCGUCGCACGAUCAUAAGGAUCGGCUUGGCGAAUUUCUAGCUCGGGAGCGGAUAGAAUGGCAUCUCAUACCGCCACGUGAGCCACAUUUUGGUGGACUGUGGAGAACGAGGUGUCCGCUCGGUAAAGGCUCACCUAAAAGGGUUGUAGGUGACCAGAAGCUAACAUAUGAAGAAAUGUACACGGUUUUAGCGCAGAUUGAAGCAUGCCUCAAUUCCCGUCCGCUCCAUCCUCUCUCCACAGAUCCCUCCGAUCUGAAUCCAUUGACCCCCGGUCACUUCCUUGUGGGUCAAGCUUUGACGGCCUUUCCGGAGGCCGACCUCACUAAUGUUCGUCAGAACCGAUUAAGCCGAUUCCAGCUGAUACAGCAGAUGGUCCAGCAUUUUUGGAAACGUUGGCAACGGGAAUAUCUGCACGGUCUGCAGCAGCGUCCGAAAUGGAAGGUUGGAUCUCCCGAUGUUCCAAAGGUUGGAGCCAUGGUGCUGGUAAAGGAGGACAACCUCCCUCCGAUGAAUUGGGCUUUGGGACGCAUUUUGGAGUUACACCCGGGCAAGGAUGGAAUCACCAGAGUGGUUGUUCUUCGCACGGUCAACGGAAUCUACAAGAGACCCGUCACCAAGAUCUGCCUCCUGCCCAACGCUCACGGACAUUCGAACCCAGAAACCUUUUGA